AAAUCACUUUUUGGAUACCAAAGCAAACAAUCAUUCAAUUCACUUUAACAACAAAAAAUUGUUGUUGAUCUUGAUAAGCGAUAAAAACAAUUUUUCCUUUUGCUCAUUCAUAAAAAUUACACCAAACUUCUCAGAUAAACUUCGAUUUUUUUAUCGCAAAAAAUUGUUCAAAGUCAUAAAACAUUCUCUCCUGGAAACAUGGCAGCCAGUCCAAUAAAAUCGUUUGGAAUCAAAGAUCUUCUGGGAAUUUCGGACAAUGGAUCAAAUCCUCCGGCUCCUCGAAACAUCCAGUCAGAAUUCUUGUCGCCGACGAAGCCUCUGAACUUGAAGGUAGUCGACAACCUUCUCAAUCUUCCUGUGAGUGUUGCCGGUUUGCUGGUUGAGAGUUUGAAAAACUUGGACGCAGAUUCUUCGAACAUGCAUUCCAUAUUCAACUUGCUCAAUUUACAAAAUCUGCUGCAGGGAUCAUUUUCAGGACAAUCAUUCAACAAUUUCAUGCCAGAUUCGAGCUCCGGGUUGAUAUCUGGGGUCAAUCCAGGGCUCGACCCACAAAAAAGCAUCUCCGAUUUGACGGCUCUGAUGGGCCUUUUCCAAAGAGACAUUCCAAGCAACAACUCUUCUAAUUUUCUUCCAAAUAUAAACAUGGGUCUUCACAGCCAACCGCUUCCAGCACCUUUUGUUCCAAAUGUUCCUACUAGUAUCUCAAAUCAGAUAGCCAGUAAUCAUCAGAUGAUGGUAUCGCCGAAUAACAUGGACCUGCUUGAAUGGAGUCGUCUCGUGAACUCAAUAACAGGCAACACCGCCGCCAACACUGCUGUCUCUAGGAACCAAAGUCACACACUUGGGGGUCUGCAUUCACCAAUCAGUGAUGAGCAGCUGAGUCAGAUUGCACAGUCUCAUCUGAAUGAGAUGUCAGCUGCUGCUCUUCCUCUUCUCACCUCUUGCUCUUCUUCUUCUUCUUCUUCUUCUUCUUCUUCUUCUUCUUUGGCACAUUAUCACCUCCAGCAGCAGCAGCAGAUGAUGUCAUUGUCCGCAGCCAUACAUUACGAGCACACGCAACACAUGAUGGCCACAACGUCCCAUACAUCAUCAAAGCCAGAAGGAGUUUUGUUUCCCACUCCCUCUUCGCUUAUCUGCUCACCCCCUGAAAACCACAACAAUAACAGCAACCACAACAUUCACAAUUCAAACAGCACGAGACUGGUGGAGCAGAUGCAGAUGAGAGGCGGAGGUGGCUGCAGUUCCUCCGAGUCCUCGGAUGUCAGUCCCUCCGGAUGUCCUCUCGCUCUACUCUCCUCCCUCCCACAGCAAGUGGACAAAAGCACAGGUCAAAUCAGCCACAAGAAAUGCAGACGCAGACACAGGACCAUCUUCAGUGUGUCCCAGGUGGAGGAGCUGGAGAGGGCGUUUGAGGACGCACACUACCCAGAUGUGGUCCAGAGGGAGACACUCUCCAACAAGACCGAACUACCCGAGGACAGGAUACAGGUGUGGUUCCAAAACAGACGAGCCAAGUGGAGGAAGAAGGAGAAGAAGUGGGGCAAGGCGUCCAUCAUGGCCGAGUAUGGCCUCUAUGGGGCCAUGGUCAGACACUCCCUCCCCCUCCCAGACGCCAUACUCCGAAGCAGAGAAGAAGAGGAGGAGGAGGACGAUGAAGAGGACGACGAAGUGGGUGAAUACGAAGACGAUGGCAAGAACGAGUCGAGAGAGAUGAAUGAGACAACACUGAAUGACAUUGGUAAUUUAGAAGGAGAAGGGGAAGGCGUGAACAAGAUGAAUGUGAAGUGUGAAAACAGUGCUAGUAGAGGCGGGGAGGCUGUUAAGAAGUGUUCGACCAAGAAGAAAGUGAAGAAGGAACCUAUUGCACCUUGGCUUCUUGGAAUGCACAACAAAUCAUUACAAACACUGAAUGCAGCCAAACAGAAGAGUUCAAUGACAGAAGUUAUCAACUGAACCAAUGUGAAGUGAAGCAACAUUUGCAGUAAAAUGCCACAAUAAAUCUUAAUUUUAUUAAAUACAUUUAAAAAUUUUAUAUUCUAUAUAUCAA